AUGAAAGAGGCAUCAAGUGGUGGAAAGUCCUCAAGGCUUCAAAGAAAAAGGAGAAUCGUGCCGAUGGACCGACGGAAAAGAGCUCUUUUUUCAUGCGACAGAUGCAAAAUCAGAAAGAUUAAAUGCCGUAGAGUGUCGAACAACGAUCUGAAGUAUGAUAAUAUUACGCCGUGUAUCCAAUGCAGCAAGGCAGGUGUUGCCUGCACGACUUCGAUACCCCGGAAAAAGCGUUUUUACGGCCCUGUCAAGAAUGUUAGUUUGCAUUACCGAUGUUUGUUGGCGUUAGUGAUAGGGUUGUUUCCUGAUAAGGAUGUGUACAAUAUCGAGGAGCUCAUAGAUUUGGGCCAUUCGCUAAAGAUCGAGAUGCCGUCUACUGACAGCUCGAGUGACAACCAUGAAGUUCAAAAUGCUGCAUCGAUCAAGUCUGAGCCUUCAUACCCAUUGAAUGAAGAUGCAAUCAAGCCGCUCACCGAGGACGAAUGUAAGGAUGGAUAUCUCUCUGGUAAUUCGAGACAUGCUGCAGACCGAGCUUCAACUUCAUCAACAUCGGCAUCCUCCAGCUCUACGGAUUUGAACAAGUUGCAGAUUGCAAAAGAUAAGAAGGUGCUGCUUGCAAGUGAGGCAGCAGUCAAGCAAGAGCCUCCAUGCCUCCCACCAAGUAUUAAGGUUAAAAAGAGUGCGCAGUGUGACAGUGACAGGCUUAUCAUGGAUAGAUUCGGCCACACGCACUACAUUGGAAAUUUCGGCACUGCUUCGGUUCUCAAUGGAUUGUGUGACAUCAUCAUCAAACGAUCGUCAUCUUCCCGUCACACCCCGACAUCAACACAGGAUAUUAGAGACAGCACUCUACAAACCAUCACAUCGGAGAAUGAGCCCGUGUAUCAAUACCCUACUCAUUUGUAUAACUUGGACACAAUAAACGUAGACAGGUUUCCACUGAUAAAUCUUAUAGGAAGGCAGGAGGCCGACAUUUAUGUUUCUGUAUUCUUUGAAAAAGUGCACCCGUACUAUUUCAUUUUCAACCGCAAACGAUUCGACCUGCGUUAUGAGUUGUUCUGGAAAGAGAUAAAGAAGACAUCCCGGACAAAGGGGUCUAUGAAUGAGCCGCUGAGGUUGAGUGGGGCUGCAAUAUGCUGUAUAUACAUGGUUUGGAUACUAGGCCGCAGGUUUAUGCAGUACUCCUCGAAAUCGGAAAUGCCCAGAGGUGCCGUUUUGGAUCUGGAGAUGACCGACAGAUUCAUCGACAUUAUUCGACUCACUCUUUCCGAUGUUGUUCUAACGCCAACAAUUGACGGGAUAAGGUUGCUCUUUUUGUUUUCCACCUAUCUAUCGAGCAUUAAGGUCAGGGAAAGUGGAUAUUGCUUGAUGGAGAUGGCUGCAAUACAGGCAAAGGGCUUGGGCUUGCAUCGCAAAGUGAUCGUCGACAAGUUCAAUGACGGUAAGUCGGACGAGAUGAAGCGUAUAAUGUGGUCUCUUGCCAAGAAUGAAAGCAUAUUGUGCUGCUCCUUGGGUCGUGCAAGCGCAAUUCCGUGGGAGGAAAUCGAUGUUGAACUCCCAAAGAUUGACGAUGAGCCGGACGAGCUUUUCAAGACGUAUUAUUUCAAAAGUGUCAGAUUGACCAGAAUCAUAUUCUUCAUCUUGGAUUACAAGAAGAAAACGCAGAAGGAGCCAUUGUCUUUGGGGAGCUUGGAAAAGGCAUUAACAUGCCAAAGGGAGUUGCAGAGUUUCUGGGAUAGCCUUCCCGAACAGUGGAAAGAUUACAAGUCCUUGCCAAUCAGACGGUACAAGCCGAAACUCCACAUCCAGUAUCAUUACUACUAUAUCACGCUGACCUUGCCGAUGUUUCUUCAUAUUGUUAGUGUUCCUAAUUACAAUAUCAAGCGUGGAGAUCCUUUAUUAGACUUGCUUGUGCAUGGCAUUCUGUCUUCGUUUGAAACGGCCGAGUUAGUCACCUACACAGAUGCUAAUGGUUUUUUUAACGGAACCAUAUACUAUGAUGUUUUCUAUUGCUAUAAUGCGAUAAUGGUGCUCACCUUGUCGUACAUUCUAUUUGUGGGCUCUAAGCAUUCUGGUGGACGCACUAGUGUGGUCGACUUGGAUUACCUGGACUCCGAGUAUGGAAUCAACCUUGAGCAUUUACUAAAGGAAAUCAACAUGAUUCGAAAGCUGAUAUUGAACAAUUUGCAUAAGAUUGACGGAACCAUGAGGAGAAUGAGUGAUAUUAUAGAAACAUUGCUUGAUGACUUGGGGAUAAUCCAGAUUUUGGUGAAGAAGUACGAUGCUCCAAAGAGCAACGCUAAAAGUAUUGAUGGAAAGAGCGAAAGUAGCCAAACGAGUGUUUCUGCAAGUCUUCCUGGCUCUUUUAGAAAGCUUAAGUUCCAUCUAAAUCACGAGAAGCACAGAAAAAGAAGAUCUCAGUCGGCAAGGCCGUCCACUAAAAAGGCAAAGAAGCAAACCCCAUCUUUUACAGCUGCUACAUUUUCUAAGUCUGGAACUGCACCCGUGUCCAAUCAGUUAUCUGCAGGUGGAACAAAGCCUAUUCGUAGAGCUUUGAAAUCCAAUUUGCAUAGCAAUGGAGAGCAUAAUAAGCUCAUUUUCAACAAUUCUGAGGUUCCAUCAAGCAAUUAUCAAGGCUAUGUUCAGUCACUACCACCGGAUUCUGCUCAGACUCAUGCCUUCUUAGGUUCUGGUAUGAGCAGGGGUAUGGCUAAUUCAAAUUUUGCGAACGAGCAAGCAUCUUCUUUCAGGUCUUCGCCGCAGUCCAUGUGGUAUGGUAAUGACAAUUCACAAAUUACAGUUCCAAGUAUGCUAUCAUCAUCACGAAUCAUGCCCUCAGGCAUGGUUAAUACCAUUCACUCUGGAAAUAGAGAGGGAUCUGCCUCUUCUCAGCAAGAUAGCUCAGCUGCAAGUAGGUCUCCUCCUAUUACUAAUACUUCAAACGGUGAUUCUCCGGUUGCCGAUUCGAAUGCAACAACUCCUGGAGGAUCAAAUAUAAACGAUGUAUUGACAUCAAUGGCAUUGAAUACGGAUCUCAUGGAUGCUUUAUUUGGCACUGACAUGUUGACUUCUGACAACAACAAUCGUAAUAACGGUCAGAAUCAUAAUUCCUCCCCCUUUAUGGUUAACAAGUGGUCAUGA